AUGAGCAGAAAAUAUGGAAUGAAUGCGGAGGAAAUAACCGCCGAGCGACGCCAGAACUUUGAGCUGCUAGAGAUUCUUACGAACGAAAAUCAGAGUCUUCAGAAAAGUGCAACAGCACGACUAUCGAUAAGUGCGGUGAUAUCGCUACUUUCUAUCGUCAUUGGAACUAUCUUUCUCAUUUUGAAACCUUCCGAGAUUUCGAAUACCAUAUUGAACUCUGUGGCAGAAAUUAUAUGCGGAAGUUUUCUUCUUUUGGGCAUACAAAGUCUUGCCUCCGGUUUGAGAUCAAAGAAUGUCGAUACAAAAAUUCAAUCAAACUCAAAAAUUAGCGAUGAGGUUAUUCAACUCUCUUUGGAAAAUCUACAAGAUAAGAGCAGCAUCGAGAGUGUUGUGAAAAUCAUGAAAGAACGGAACAAAAAUUUCAAAACAUGGGGCAUUUGGUGGUCUUCUUGGAUCAUCGUGUUUGCCAUUAUUCUCAUUUGCAUUAUCUUUUUUAAUAUUUUUGUUAACUAUGUUGCACAAGACGAGAGAUCGAUCAGAAUUUCCGUGGAAUUAAUUCUCCUUAGUAGUGGAAUUUCUUGUUUUAUUCUCAGCAUAAUCACUUACUUGGUUUUAUGGGUGCCAAGCAUUUUAGGCGAUUUUUUUUCUUCUAUAUUCUUCCUACCAUUUUCUUUUAUACUUUUCAUACAAUUAUUUAUGGUGAGAAUCAUACGCUUCAACUGUGAAACCAGUUGUGAUGACAUCACCGUUCCUUUAUAUGAGGUUUAUACCGAGAUUUUGGAGGAAGAUAUUGAGGUUCCAUUGUGCGGAAGUGAGAGCGCGUUUACCAUUGUACGCAUUGUUUUGGAAAAGAGAGAGAAAUUGAAUAUCAAACGUAUUUUACAUGGUUUAAAACCAAAGAACAUUAGAGACCCCGAAGUUCAAUCCGAUUUUUUUAAUUCCGACAUCUUGUAG